GUAACCAAAAAAUUUUGAAACAAUCAGAUGAAAAUUCUCGGUGUAAACAAAAUUCGAUAAAUCAAGGGAAAAUCAUGGGGAAUCCGUCAAAUUAUCGAGUGAAAGUCAAUCUCUCGCAGUUCUACGAAGACGUAAGGAAGCUGAGCUAUGUUUACGUGAACGAGAAGAACAUUUCGCAUAUUCUACACCUCCAUGAGAGGAUCAAGCAGGUUUUCGGAAUCACCCGGCCUUUUUAUCUCACCUCGUGCGAAGGGGUUUAUUUGCCGAUGAAUGAGGAUGUCAGGAUUAUUCAGGGGGAGGAGACUAUCAGGGUAUGUCUAGGCACAGUAAAUCCAAAUUGUUUAACAAUUUGGAGAGAAAUUGGAGUGAAAUGCAAUGGAAAGCCUUUACCAACGAUUGAAGUGCCCAGACAACUUGAGAAGAAAAAUCAACAGGCAAAUUCUCCUGAGAAAAUUUUAAUGGUGACAGAUUCUGAUGCUUGUGACUCAAAAUCUGUGAAAAAUGGUGAGAAGAAUGGAUGUUUGAAUGGAUCAGUCGCAGUUACAGAAUCAGAGGGUCAGGGUCACACAAGUCUCGCAGAAGAUUCCGACACAGACACCACCCAAGACCCUAAGAAAACCCCCCAAAAUCCAUCACAAACCCCUGAACUCUACUCUAUUCCCCAGAAAAAACGUCGAAGGGUUCGUAAAAGAAAAUCUAAAAUUUCUCCAGAGCUUCCAGUGGUCCCACAACAGCUCCCUCCCCCUUCCAAACCCAUCUCCAUUCCCUUCAACUCCAGUUUCACUCCAAAGACAAAGCCCAAGCACUUUAAAUUCAACUGGGACGAGAACGAAGAUGAGAAAGACACGAAAAUUGAGACGAGAAGAAAUGGAGUCAGCACUCCUAUAAUUCCAGAACUGAAUACUUUGUUGAGUCUGAAGAAUUGUCAGUUUCCUGUGACAUUCGUGGGCCAGAAGACGAAGACAUCUGAUUGUUCAUCCCAGAAUGGAGAUUCUGGGGUCAGUGGAAAGCAUCAGAGCCCAAUGAAGGAAAAAAAUGGAGUUUUAAAUUGUGAUUCAGAGGAGAAAAUAGAUUUUUCGAGUGUCAAUCCUCUGGAUUAUCCUGUUUACAAUCAGGAUUUUGAUGUGGGGGAUGUCGUGGCAUUUAGGAUUCUGAAGAUGGGCUCAGACUACUGUCCGAUAGUUUCGGGAUACGUCGUCGGAGAAACUGUCGCGAAAGAUUCAGAACCUUCAAUUUAUUCAUUCAAGAUAAUUAGUGGUGAAGAUCAAUUAAAAAAUCCAGAAGGCAAAUUCUCCCUUGUGACGGACGAAGAAAUGGAAAAUUCGGAAGAAACACCCAACGAAACUGAAAUUCACGUGCUGUCGAGGGAAGAAUUACUGGAACUGCGUCUGAUUCAUCGCCCGGGCACUUGAAACUGCAUGAAGAACUGAUUUUUAUGUUCACAAUAUUUUAAAAAGGCUCACAAAUAAAACAAGAUAUUUUAUAUAAAA